GUAACCUACGUUAUUUAAGUAGACCUCGAUAAAGGGAGAGGGGCAGUCUGGCUGUCAGUGGUCUCACAGUUUACAGGGCUCAACUGUACUCAGUACCAUCCGACCAUCCAACAGAAGAAGUCUGCGCUUAUUCCUGCCACCCCCUCUCCCUCUCUCCACCCCAUCUUUUGUUACCCAGUCCCGGCCGGCGCUGUAAAAACAUACAGGCACUGAACUGCGCGGUCGCAGUCGUUAGCCAGCCAGCUAGGUUAGCAGCUGCCCCCUCCCCCCGCGGCCUGGCUGGAGAUGAGUGGAAGAUGUCGGUUUCGGGGCUGAAGGCCGAAUUAAAGUUCUUGGAGUCAAUUUUUGACCCAAACCACGAACGUUUCCGAAUUAUCGACUGGAAACCAGAUGAACUUAGCUGCCAAUUCAAUGUGACUGGGGAAAAGCUACUGAUCAUUCACUGCAACAUUACGGAGUCUUAUCCUUCAACUCCACCUAUAUGGUUUGUAGAAUCAGAUGAUCCAAGUCUGACUGAAGUUUUAGAGCGGCUGGAGGAUGUCCGCAAAGGCAGUACACUGCUCCUCCAGCAGCUAAAAAGGUUAAUCUGCGAUCUGUGUCGACUCUAUAACUUGCCCCAGCACCCUGAUGUGGAGAUGCUGGACCAGCCUCUUCCUGCUGGACCCAUCACUCACGACAGAAAGCAUGUAACGACAGAUGAAGUAACAUCUGAAGAAGAGGAAGAAGAAGAAAUGGCAGAGCAGGACAUUGAAGAUCUAGACCACUAUGAGAUGAAAGAGGAGGAACCUGUAGAUGGAAAGAAGUCAGAGGAUGAUGGGAUAGAGAAGGAAAACCUUGCCAUCUUAGAGAAAAUUCGCAAGAACCAGAGGCAGGACCACUUGAAUGGUGCAGUCUCAGGCUCUGUUCAAGCCUCAGACCGUCUCAUGAAGGAACUCAGGGAGAUCUAUAGGUCACAGAGUUAUAAGACAGGUAUCUAUUCAGUGGAGCUAGUAAAUGACAGUCUAUAUGAGUGGCAUGUGAAGUUGAGGACGGUAGAUCCAGAUAGUCCACUGCAUAGUGACUUACAGGUCUUGAAGGAGAAAGAAGGGGUGGACUACAUUCUCCUCAAUUUCUCAUAUAAAGAUAACUUUCCUUUUGAUCCUCCCUUUGUACGGGUAGUGUCUCCUGUUCUUUCUGGAGGAUAUGUUCUUGGAGGAGGAGCCCUGUGUAUGGAGCUACUAACAAAACAGGGCUGGAGCAGUGCCUAUUCCAUAGAGUCUGUCAUCAUGCAGAUCAAUGCCACUCUAGUUAAAGGGAAAGCUAGAGUACAGUUUGGAGCUAAUAAGAACCAGUAUAAUCUUGCUAGAGCACAACAGUCAUACAAGUCUUUGGUCCAGAUCCAUGAAAAGAAUGGCUGGUACACACCCCCCAAAGAAGAUGGUUAAGAAGGCGGCCAUUUUUCCUGCACACUGGGAAUCUGGGAUUUCUGAUAAACCAUUUUGCUUUUUUAUUUUUGUAAUAUUAUUCCCCUCAAAUCCUUCUCUUCACCUGAAGUGUGAGGUCCCACUGGUCUCUGUGGAAGUGUGUGUGUGUGUGUGUGUGUGUGUGUGUGCGUGCGUGCAGUUGACCUCUGUCUGUUUCUGUCUUUCCCUAUUUCUUGCUGUCUCUCUUGUAAUCACCCUCUCCUGCUCUCAUUUCUUUUCUCCAGUUCACUGCAGGGAAAAAGAGGGAUGUAUGAGAGACACAGAGCCGUGGUACUAAUGAGGGUCUUGAACAGAGUGAUUUUAGAUGCCACCAGACGCUCAGUCUGGUUUUACUGUCUGGAGCAACAGGUAUGGCUCUGUCGGAUUAAUACCUGAAUGGGCAUAAAAAGAAGUUUCUGGAUUUUUUUUAAUCCCAUUUUCUGCCUUUAAUGGAUGUUCUUACGACCAUGACUUCAGACUUUUGGCAGAAGUUAUUGAAAUUCAAACAGGAAUGGAUGCAAUAAGAGACAAUAUGAAGAUGUGCCACUUCUCUUGUAUCUGCUGGCACUGAUCUCUUCUUUACCUUCUGCAUUCUAUGUUAACAUGUACUGGUACAUAUAAUGCUGAUAUUGUUAAAGAACCAUUAUUUGCCAGAGUUUUACGCUCAUGCUUCUCAAACAGCCCUAAUUCUAAUGAUUAAAGUGAAGAUAAGGGAGAGUGUGUGGUGGUUGUGUCUAGAUUCAGUUCACAAACAAUAACUGUGGAUGAAUACCACUGGCUUUCCUGUCUUGCUUUGUAGCCUGUGGUUAAUUUGGCCAGUAAUGGUCAAAUGCAGGCUUUGAUUGGAACGGGCUAAAGAAGAGAAUGUGUCAUUGUUCUGUAGUUGGACAGAGGUCUGCUUGUAUACUUGUAAAUGGAUUUGAGGUGCAAGUCAUCUUUAUUGUGCCGUUUAUGUGAAGUAGGUUUUUAUUUUCAGCCUUGGGUUGUGCCACAGUACCCAGUCAGUCCUAGAGUUUUCAGAAGAGGGUUUAAGACCUCUGCGUUUAAUUGGAUGUUUAGAACUUGUGCAAAAUGGACAUGGGGCUAGCACCGAAAACUAUUUAUUCAGGGGUUUUGAACCAUGUACUCAUGUUUCUGAAGGUGUCAAGCUAUUAUUAUUCUUCCUUUACUCAUUUUAAUGGUGGACAUUCAUUUGUAUUUCAUUUAAUAUCCGCUGAAACAGAUUCACCGAUUUUCAGUUAUCAGUAAAUUAAUGAUUCCAUAUUAGUUUUUUUUUGGUUAAGUGAGAGAAAAUCACAUUCAGCAUCCAUGAGCUAGCGUAGACACUUAAGGUAAAAUGAACCAUGACGAGGAGGAUUUUUUUUUUUUUUUUUUUUUUUUUACUGCUACUUUAACUUUUUUAAUAUAUUCCAAGAAGCUUCCAAGAAGUCUAUUAGACUGACAUUGUUACAGUGGGUAAAACUCGUCGUGCUGUGUGCUGCAACUGGGUGAAUCAGUGUUUCUUUGCACACCAUAAUAUCCUUGUAUUUUCAGUGCUGACUGCAAACAAGCUAGUCUUUUUUGAGGGCAUCUCACAAUUUGAAGUGGUAACUCAGGACAGAAAACCAUUGCAUUGCCACAUUUUAUCCCCAUGCAUUACCCAUCAGCCCACACUAAUGAAGAAAUAUGGCGCUCUCUCUGUCAGUGCUGUGUUUGUUUUUAAAUGAAGAGUUUAGCACUCUUCGGUACAUUUUCAGGUCCUAGUACAGGUUUGUUUAAAUUGGACUGAGAUGACGUCAGCAAUCAGGUCUUUAGUAUGGACAUUUGUUCUUCUGUCAUCCCCAUGAAGUUCAACAUGUCUGAUGGCUUGGUGAUAUGUAUGUAAUACACAGUCUUAAGAAAUUGCUCUGGGUGUAAGAAAUCUUUCUUGACCGUUUGGCUCUUUUUGCACAGAAUUUUAAGAGUGUGCCUCCUAGAUCACUGCAAAGGGUGGGGAGUUUUGUCCAGACUCUGAGCCAAUCAUGAUUACCGGAAAGCCAUAUCCUAACACUGGCUUGCAAGUCACCUAGGUGUAAGUUUCCAUAUAGAAAUGUUAAGCAUUGUGUGUUGGAUUGCUUUCAAGCGUAUGUUGGUUGUGUGCGCUGUAAAGAGGAUCUUGUCAUUCCUUUCCAGCACUUAUCUGACUCAUGUUCUCUGAGAGCAGCACAGCUGAGUACUGUUAUCUCUGCACAUUGAUGCUGCUCUAUUUUCAGACCUUCUUCCUUUGUUUUUUUUAGUUCAUCUGGGAAUUCAACACACCUGCACCUCUUAAAGCUAAUAAAGCUGGUUUGUUGUCCAACUGGACUGCUGUUGGUAACAUAUUCUCCAUUGUGCUACCAUGUAUGAUUGGACAGCAAUGGCUUUUUUUUUUCUUCUUUUUUUCCAUUGGAAGACCGACCUCAGAUUGACCGAUCACGGUGUUCUUUUCUGGUGCCAUCUCAUGGUGGACUAGUUAUCAUACGUACUCUAGGCAUGCUUUCAGGUUGUUUUCCCAUUGCAAGAGAAUUUUGACCAUGUACAGUAAAAUUUGUAAACUUGCAUCAAGUUUAUGAAUAAAUGAAUUUUACGAGGA